AGGUUGACAGCUUUGCCCUGGUGAUGCUGCUGAACACACCCUUCGCGUCUUCACAUCAGCGUUAACCGAGACGCCAAGGAGCAUUUAAAAUCUUCACCAAAUAUGUGGCGUAGUACCGGUUGACCGCAUCUGCUUGAGGUAGCUGUGAUGGCAGGGUCAAAGAUGUCUUUGCUGCUGGCUGUAGUGCUGGUCCUCUCAGUGCUGCUUACAGGAGCAACCCAUGCCGGGCCUGAGAUGGACCCAUACAAAAUCCUAGGAGUAACCAGGAGUGCAAGCCAGGCUGAAAUCAAGAAAGUCUACAAGCGCCUUGCAAAAGAAUGGCAUCCAGACAAAAACAAAAAUCCAGGUGCUGAGGAUAUGUUCAUCAAGAUUACCAAAUCUUAUGAGAUCUUAUCCAACGAAGACAAACGUGCCAAUUAUGACCGUUACGGGCAAACUGAUGACACCCAGCCUUACAGCAGCGGUCGCUAUGGUCAUCGCCACGACAGCUUCUACUUCGACGAGUCUUUCUUCAACUUUCCCUUCAACAGCAAAACCCACAGAGACUUUGCUGACAGCAAGUACACGCUGCACUUUAACCAGUACAUCAACGACGUGGUGCCCGACAGCUACAAGAGGCCGUACCUGAUAAAGAUCACCUCUGACUGGUGCUUCAGCUGCAUCCACAUCGAGCCCGUCUGGAAAGAGGUGGUGCAGGAGAUGGAGACUCUAGGUGUUGGAAUCGGCGUGGUGGAUGUUGGCUACGAGAGACGGUUAGCCAAUCACCUGGGAGCUCACCGCACCCCAUCAAUACUUGGAGUCAUCAAUGGCAAAGUGACGUUUUUCCAUUAUGCUGUUGCGAAGGAGCAUCUGAGGCAGUUUGUAGAGGACCUUCUUCCUCAGAGGCUUGUGGAGCGGGUCACAGACAAGAAUGACCUGCAGUUCUUGAACAGCUGGCACGAGCUCAACAAGCCACACGUGCUUCUGUUCGACCAAGUGCCUGUAGUUCCCCUCUUAUACAAACUGACAGCUUUUGCGUAUAAAGACUACCUGCAGUUCGGCUAUGUGGACCAGGGCCUCUCAGAGACGGCCAAUCUGCAGAAACAGUUCAAUAUCAACACUUACGCUCCGACCAUGCUGGUCUUCAAAGAGAACAUCGACAAGCCUGCUGACAUUAUACAGGCUAAAGGAAUGAAAAAGCAAAUUAUCGACGAGUUCAUGUCAAACAACAAAUUUCUGCUCGCUCCGAGGCUGGUCAAUCAGAAGCUGUUUGACGAGCUCUGUCCUGUCAAACAGUUCCACAGACGCAGGAAAUACUGUGUCCUGCUGAUGACACGGGACGAAGAGACCUUUUCUUUUGGGAACCAGGCGUUUCUCUCGUUUGCCUCCGCCAACACCAAGGAAGUCGUUAGGUUCGCCUACGUGUACCAGCGGCUACAGCAACCGCUGUGUGACAUCCUCAUGCAGAACAAGGACAGCGCACAGUCACCACCACAGGUGGUGAUCCUGGAGAGGCGUAACGCUGCAGGGAAGGCCUUGUUUAAACCCGUGACCGCCUGGAACGGCAGUGAAGAAGACAAACAACGUCUUCUGGACGAGCUGGAGCGACUUCAGAAGGACCCGUCCAUCCUCAUCCACGACGCCAUGCUGCCUGAGCUCAACAAUGAGUUUGCAUCGAUGUUUGUAAUCCGAUGGAUCUACGCGUCAUACGAUUACCUCUCUGAAGUCAUCGAUGAUAUUCUGCACAACAACUGGCGUGAGAUGAUGCCUCUUCUGUCCCUCAUCUUCUCUGCCUUGUUCAUCUUGUUUGGAACUGUGGUGAUCCAGGCCUUCAGUGACUCAAGUGAAGAUAAACAGACAAAACCAAAAGCAAAGGAUGGAACAAAAGCAGAGAAUGGGUCACCAGGGAGCGGUGCUUCAAGUCGGCCCCCUAAGAAGAAUUUUGUGGAGGUGACGGAGCUGACGGAUAUCACUUACAUGAGCAACCUGGUGAAGCUGAGGCCAGGACACAUGAACAUAGUGCUGGUGCUCACCGACGCCUCCAAGAACAUCCUCCUCAGCAAGUUUGCCAAAGAGGUCUACUCCUUCACAGGGAGCCUGACGCUGCAUUUCUCCUUCCUGAAUAUUGACAAGCACAGCGAGUGGAUGAACACGCUGCUGGAAUACGCCCAGGACGCCAUGCAGAUCGACGCAGACGAGGACGACGGUGGAGACCACAAGAUGGACUACACCGGCUACGUGCUGGCACUUAAUGGCCACAAGAAAUAUCUCUGUCUGUUCAAGCCCGUCUACACCGGGGAAGACCUUGAAGGUAAGUCAUCUGAGGACGAAGGGGCCACUACAGGGGGGAGAUCGAGGUCCAGUUCCCGCGACGACCACCCGCCGCGCAAAUCCAACCGGUCCCGCAGCAUCUCCACCCUGCAGAUCCACCACAAACUGGACCGCCUGGGGUUGUGGAUGGAAAGGCUCAUGGAGGGAACUUUGCCCCGCUACUACAUCCCGUCCUGGCCCGGACUGGACAAGAUCACCCCCUGUAAAUAGACGGAAGGACUUAGUAUUUAUCUACCGUCACACAGACAUGGUUUCCCUCUCGUGUUCUGCUGAAGUUAGGCUAGAGCUGCCUUUUUUUUUUUUGCAUUUGAGAUAUUUAUAGUUAAAGAAGUCUUUAAAAGUUGGGUCAAUAUUACAAACUUGACAUUAGUGUAACUACUGUGGGACAGGUCCUUUAGCGAACCCCCUCUAACACUCAUUGCAUGCUGUUUUCAACUGUUGCUAGUCUUAUUUUAUCCAGGCAGAUGUUGCUGCAGCUGCAGCUGCUGCUGCCACUGCCUUGUGAACAGGCAACAGAAUCACUGUGGCCACAUGUGCUCUCCUGCCCUCAGGACCAUCAGUCACUGUUACUAACCGAGGCAGGAAAACUACUGUAGUGUUCAUUGAUGAAAACUGUGAAUAGAGAUGCAUGUCUCUAACACUAAAUGUCUUUGCCUUUUUAUGCAUCUCUGCCCAUUUCUAUUUAUCUAGUUUUUUUAGUUUUAGAUUUUCUCCUGAAUGCUAACUCGCUUACACAAUAUAGCAAACUGCUGUAAUGACAUUUUUGCCUUUUACCUGGACCUCAAGGGGUUAUCCGUGUUCUUCCUGAUCAUAUGAUUGCAGAAAAAGAAAAUUAAUACCUGUUUUGUUACAUGGAAACUGUUGCAGCUGUGGUUUAUAAAUGUACGUCACUACAAACAAGAAUUAUUUAGCUAUUUAAAAACCUCAGUUAGCCAGUAGCUUUAUGUAGCAACCCUAACAAGCAGGCUGUGUAUUUCAUGUCCUGAAUGUUUUCAUACGUCAUCGUCAUGUCAUCUUGAAUUACGACAAACACAUGACAGUGAGGUCAAACUUAGUUUGUGCUUGCUUGAUUUAUUAAUUUGUUUUGUCCGCAUCAAGUGGAAAAAUGUCAUUAAUCAAAUUUUGUUGGUACUAUGUUAUGUAAAUAUUAUACAUAAUCAUGUUAUCUAUAGGACCUGUAUUUUAAAGAGUAUGUAACUUGAAAGAAAAGGUGAAUGUUUUACAUGGAUUUAUCAAAAUGCUGUAGUUAUGUUUUUUUUUCUAGUUCUCAUGAAAAUUUUCUUUUGCGAGUUAGUGUAAAAAGAACUGUCUGCUACUGUCAGAUGUUUCAGUUGGUCUUCAGUAGUGUGUUUAUCCUCUUGUUGGUUGUAAUAAAAUGCUUUAUGUUUAUUAAUUAAAACAAUAUAAAGUUUUAA